CUCGUCCAGGUGGUUUUUGCCUCGGAAUUGCCCGGCGUUUACGUCGUUCUUGCAUAGAUUUGGAUUAUCCUUUUGAAACAGUAAGGCUGGUCUUGUGUUUCUCAUGGAGAAGAGCGGGCUGUAAUUAUAAACAGAUGCAAGCCAAGAGCAUUGUUUUGGGCAGGAAUAAACCUGCUCAUUUGGAUCUCUCUUGUAAGUUUCUUAGUGUCACCACCUUAAGAUUCUUCUUUUAAGGGAAAUUUUUAAAUCGUCAGAACUGCUGUAGGUUGCCGCAGGGCCUGUUCUGUAUUUUUCUGAUUUAGAGUAAUCCUCUACUUCAUGGAUACAUAUGGAUACAUAUAUACGGAUAUAUGCUUGGCUUUGACUUAAUCCAGCAGUACUGUCUAUGUAAUGCAAACGGUUACAGUUACGUUUAGCCUGUUUCCUUCUGUGUCACCAAUUUAUUGGUAUUUAAAUCGUCUUUACAGCAGGGUAUUUGCAGGCAUUCAUUUGAAAUCCUUUGCCCUAUAAUGCUUUCUGUUUCAUUCCAUAAAAAAAGUUAGGCACUAAUCAUUGAAACUCAGCCUCAGUUUCAGUGAGCUCAUAUCAAAAGUAAAUUGGGUUGUGGACUCUAGGCAGUUGUGUCACAAAACCACUUCAGGAAGCGCUGUUAAUGCUGGGGAAGAGAAGGUAGGCACCUUGAGAUUACUGCAGUUGGACCUGCUUGUACCCCUCAAUCCUAGAAAAUGACCAGAGAAGAGAUACUAGAGAUAGAGACAGGGGAGUCUGGCCUUUGCUUUUAUUCUUGCCAUUGUAAACAAGGUGUGUGAUCUCGGACACACUCUCCCUUGCCUUGAUUUCUGUCUUGAAUCAAGUCACAUAAAAUAGGGAUGUUUUAUAAAAUCAGGUAUUUCAAAGGACUUCGAAACAUUCAGAUAAAUUAUAAUGAAAUUAAAGUAAUUUAUAUCUUUAAAUUCAUGUAAGAGUAACAUACUCUAUAUGAAAGAGGAGCAGUUCAGCAUUUGCCAUGCUCUAAUUCCAGUGAAGAGUGGUAGGUCUGUGUAACAAAGUGCUUUGUAACAGAGGGGGAGUACUUGUUCCCAGUUCUUCAAAUCCGUACAAGUAGAGACAUGUCUGUUGCUUCAGCUGAAUGACAGUCUGACAUACCCAGCAAAUGGAACCAGUGCAAAAAUGUAAAGUAAUGAGUGUUUCUAGGAUAAUUCUUUUCCUAUCAUUUUAAUGUGAAUCAUGGUUUGUUUGAGAAAGCCACAACAAUUGCAGGAUUAAGUAAACAAAUAAAAUAGGAAAAAUGGCCAGCUCUUCAUAGCCCCACAUUUAGAAAAUAUGUAGAAUUUCUCUGUGCAUAGGAAAUGUAUCUAAUCACCACUCUUUGUUCUUAAUUCCCAUCUUCCUAGAAGUUUUCUAUCCAGUAUGGAAAUUACAGUAGCUGCUGCAUUUAGCAGGACUGAAAAUACAGUUUUUAAGCUGAGUAUGUAUCAGCUUGGGGACAGCUUGUCCUGUGGGGCCAGUUGUGCCAGUCCUUGUUAAGGUCCUAAACAAGGAAACUCCAUUUGUAGCCUCAGUGUCACCACCAGUGAGAUUUUGCUGUCGGUGGCCUUUAAAGGGGAAAUAGGAACCAGACAAUUCACAGUGAGCCCAGCAGCAUCAGCAUGAAGCCUCUUAGACUGGAACUUGGAAUAAGAAUUCCUAGACCACUGGGACACGGACCAAGCAGAUUCAUCCCUGAGAAGGAGACAAUUCAGGUGGGAAAGGAGGACGCCACGAUGCACACACUGUUUGCUGAGUCUUUUGCCACGCUGGGCCGACUGGACAAUGUCACCUUGGUGAUGGUUUUCCACCCGCAGUAUCUGGAAAGCUUUCUAAAAACUCAGCACUAUCUCCUGCAGAUGGAUGGCCCGCUCCCGCUCCAUUACCGACACUACAUCGGGAUAAUGGCUGCAGCACGACAUCAGUGCUCUUACCUUGUUAACCUUCAUGUGAAUGACUUCCUUCAUGUCGGUGGAGACCCUAAAUGGUUGAAUGGUCUGGAAAACGCACCUCAAAAAUUGCAAAACUUAGGAGAACUGAACAAAAUGUUGGCUCACCGACCCUGGCUUAUCACCAAGGAACAUAUCGAGCAACUUUUGAAGACUGAAGAGAACAGCUGGUCCCUGGCAGAGCUGAUUCAUGCAGUCGUUCUCCUUACACACUACCACUCCCUUGCUUCCUUCACGUUUGGCUGUGGGAUCAGCCCAGAGAUCGACUGUGAAGGGGGUCACACCUUCAGGCCCCCCUCUGUCAGUAACUAUUGCAUAUGUGAUAUAACAAAUGGUUACCACGGGGUGGAUGAAAUCCAUGCCAGCCAAGCUGGAAGUAUUCCAUCUACAGAGUCUGUCUGUGAAGUUGAAGCUCUUAUGGAGAAAAUGAAGCAGCUGCAGGAGUGCAGAGAUGAAGAGGAAGCCAGCCAAGAAGAGAUGGCCACACGUUUUGAAAGAGAGAAGAGAGAAAGCAUGUUUGUGUGCUCUUCAGAAGAUGAAGAAUCUGCAGCAACAAGAGAUGUGUCUCGUCACUUUGAGGAUACCAGCUAUGGUUACAAAGACUUCUCCAGACACGGAAUGCACGUGCCCACCUUUCGUGCUCAGGAUUAUUCCUGGGAAGACCAUGGCUAUUCCUUGGUUAAUCGUCUCUAUCCAGAUGUGGGACAACUACUUGAUGAGAAGUUCCAUAUUGCUUAUAAUCUGACUUACAACACAAUGGCCAUGCACAAAGAUGUGGAUACCUCAAUGCUUAGACGAGCUAUUUGGAACUAUAUUCAUUGUAUGUUUGGAAUAAGAUACGAUGAUUAUGACUAUGGUGAAAUUAAUCAGUUGUUGGACCGCAGCUUUAAAGUUUAUAUCAAGACCGUGGUUUGCACUCCUGAAAAGACCACAAAAAGAAUGUAUGAUAGCUUCUGGAGACAGUUUGAACACUCUGAGAAGGUCCAUGUAAAUUUGCUUCUGGUAGAAGCUCGGAUGCAAGCCGAACUACUUUAUGCUCUGAGAGCUAUUACUCGCUAUAUGACCUGAUGUCUCUGGCUGCCUGUCGACGUUGGAAUGUUCUGCAGCUGCAGUAUGGCAGAGGAAGAUACGAAGCCUCAGGACCAACAGUAGCUAUAAGUUAAGAUGCCCAUUGUGCCAUAACUCCUUUAGUUUCAGCUAUUUCCAUGUUUGGAAUAUCAUUGCUGCCACUGGGCAGCGAACGCUUGGCAGUUGACAGACAGGGUUGUGCAGAAGUGCUGCCUGCUCAUGGUAUUUUGGCUUUAGAUAGCCCAGGACAUUCUCUGAACUUGUGGCAAUAUAGCAAACCAUAGAUACAUAGAUCUUGUGUUAAGGCAAAUACUGCGGGAGUCGGAGCACGAAAAAAACGAGACUUGAUGACAUUUGCUUUCCCUACGAGAAUAAUUUUAGAAAAUCUUGAUGCUGCUAUUUGUGCAGGUGGAGUGAACAGACCCAGGCUGUUCCAGUUGAGCUAGAAGUGAAAGUGAGCACUGCUAUUGUCUGAGCCUUUACUGUGUGUGGUUUCAAAAAAGCCUUGUUAUUUAGAUUCCCUGUUUAAUCAGAACUAAACCUCCUCUGUCCACACUGAUAAUUUGAAAGAUAGCAGUCAAUUUUCUCAACUAGUUUAGCCUUAAAAACAGGAUGUUUGUUCAGCAUUAUUUCGUGAGCUCAAAUGUGCAAUGGUCUUCCUAUGGAAAGAAGGGGACUGGAGUCCUCAGAGCUUCUUAGAGAUCUACCUACACAAAGCGUUGAGUAGCUUCUUGUCCUCCUUUUCAUGGAUGAACCAAGAAGGAGCUAGGACAAGGUGUGGGAAUGUUGUUCUAGACUGCCAAACAGUCCUACUGUAUUACAUGCCCAACGCUGGUCUUAAUGAUUUUUGCAGUUGCUUAAAUAACUAGGCUAAAAAACAUCUAUUUUUAGUAAAUCAAAACAUGAUUUAAAUGCUGACAUUUAAUAUACAGUGGUUUUGGAGAACACAUGAAUACUUUUGUAUGAGUGUGAAUUGCUUUUUAAAUUUGUCAGUAUUACUGGUAUUUUUGAAAUAAAGGUAACAACUUUUUCUCUUGGUGUU